UGCAAUGUUUAGUGGAUACUAAAUUAAUCAAGUAUUUCCUCAGAACUCUUCCUCUUUUUUCUCCUCUUUUUUUGUGCUGAAUGUUUAUCCUUCAACACUCGCUUUAAUAACAAUGACGACUGACGUAAUUCACGGGGGAGUAAAACUGCUGAAUUUUUACAGAAACCAUGUGAGUCAAAGACACUGUUCCAUCAGAACACACCAGAGCCGCAUCUUCUUUACUCCGAAGAGCUUUUAUAAAAAUUGGAAAAAAGAAAAAGAAAUAAAAAAAACAGGUUGCAUCGAUGAUGUCACUUAAAUGGACUCCUCCCUCUUUUCUGAUGUUUCUGCUCAUGAUUUCAGUUGCUGUUGCCCAACAGGAUGGAAGAGUGUAUUACACACAGAACUAUAUCUGUGCUGGAAGAGGAUCUACAGUGUCCAUGAGCUGCAACCUUGUGCAUCAUUCCUCUCAAGUUGUAAAAGCUUUUUGGAGUAAAGACUUUAUUGAUCUGUCUUCAGACCCAAAGUACAAAGACAGAGUUGAGUAUAUCAGAGACACAGAACAUGACUGCAGCCUCAGACUGAGGAAUAUUACAAAAGAGGACCAAAGGAUAUACCACUGCACGUUUCUAACAUCGGCUGGAAAGCAGUUUGAAGGCACAGGAGUUUCGCUUUCAGUCACUGAGCUCAAAGUAGAAACUUUUGACAGGGUGAUUGAGGGACAUGCUGUUACUCUCUCCUGUAAAACGACCUGCAGACUCACCACCACUCCAACAUUCACCUGGUACAAAAACGGAGAACAAUUAUACACCUACAACAAACUGCUUCAUCUGCAGUCAGUUACUCAAAAGGAUGCAGGGAAUUACAGCUGCGCUAUACUGGGACAUAAUUAUCAAUCCCCUGCUGUCACUCUUGAAGUCCAAUAUCCUCCAAAGAGAGUCUCAGUGACCAUCAGUCCCUCUGGUGAGAUAGUGGAGGGCAGUUCAGUGACUCUGACCUGCAGCAGUGAUGCUAACCCACCUGUACAGAGCUACACCUGGUAUAAGGUGAAAGAAAGCUCACCUGUAGGAUCUGGUCAGAGUUACAGCUUCACACUGACCUCCAGCAGCAGUGGAUGGUUUUACUGUGUGGCUCAGAAUAUACACGGGAGUCAGAGAGCACCUGAAGUGGGUCUCACUUCAAGUGGCCUGUCUUCAGGUUACUUUAUGAUUUUGGUUGGAGUUGUAGGAGUCGUCCUCUGUGUGGUUGCCACUUUUAUAGCUGGGGUUUUCUGCCUGAGCAGGAGGAAGAGGCAGAACAUGUCUAAUCAUGAGAACGCGAGUCCUCCUGAAGACCCGUACAUGACUCUGGAUCCUCGAUUCAUCUCUUCUGAUUAUGCCAACCUUACGGCUGCAAGAAAUCAACAGUGAGAUCCUCAACAUCAUCAGUCGAGAGAGAGAGAGAGAGAGAGAGAGAGAGAGAGAGAGAGAGAGAGAGAGAGAGAGAGAGAGAUGAUGUCACGGUCGGCGCACCUGCCCCGCCUUCCGAGCGGCAACACAGAGAAGCCUCGCCGGAAUAUUACACGCUUCCGAACUGCUAUACCCAUAAAGCCCUGCGCCGGACUAAUUACGCCACCAGCUGUUUCCCAUUUCCCACGUUAUAAAGACUGAACUUGAACUUUCCAUCAGUGCGAAGUCUCGACUAGCGUUAGCUGUCAUUCUGUUAGCUGUCAUUCUGUUAGCUGUCAUUCUGUUAGCUGUCAUUCUGUUAGCUGUCAUUCUGUUAGCUGUCAUUCUGAGCGUUUUCCUGUUGUUAUUCUGUUUGCCAGUGUUGACUCUGUUUCGGUAUUCUGAUUCUCUGAGUGUUUGCUGCCUGCCCUGACCUUCUGCCUGCCCUGACCUUCUGCCUGCCUGUGUUUUGCCUGUCUGUAUUCGAUCAGUCUAAUAAACUCUGUACAUGGAUCACCA